AUGACUACAGGAACUGUUAAUUACAGAAAUGGAACGAAUAGAAGCUCUCUCAGAACUCAGUCCUCUGCUUCUACUUCCGGUGGACAGAAGCCGACCCUCAAAUCUAAGUCUGUGCUUCGGAAGAGCAUCCCCGCCUCACUCUGCGGCGGCUCUGCGGCAGCUUCUAAAUCCGGAAGCGGUGGCGAGGUGCCGGUGUUCCUGGGAGAGUACGAGUAG